AUGGAUAAGUCGUGGAUUUGGCUUCCAAGGAAUAGCCACGAGUAUUCAGAAGGAGCAACUAAUUUUGUGAAUUCGUCCGCAAAAAGAUUGGGAAGUCUGUCUGAAAUGCUAUGCCCUUGUAGAGACUGCCGCAAUCUGAGCCAUCAGUCACUGGAUAAAAUUGUGGAGCAUUUGGUGAUUAGGGGUAUGGAUAAGAAGUAUAAGAGUUCUCGUUGGAGUAUUCAUGGAGAAAAAAGAGAUUCUGCAGAAGACAGUGUUCUUCAAUAUGAAACAGAGGCGUUUGAUUUGUUUAAGACAACAUUCUCCAUGGACGAAGGUGGUCCAAACCCGACAACUGACAACGAAGACGAUGAAGCACCAGAGGAAAUUGAGUUUAAGAAAAAGCUCAGAGACGCUCAAACGCCAUUAUACUCGGAUUGUCUCAAGCACACAAAGGUUUCAGCUAUCAUGGGACUUUACAGAUUCAAGGUUAAAAGUGGUGUGUCGGAGAACUACUUUGAUCAGCUGUUGGUUUUACUUGAGGAUUUGCUACCUGAAGACAAUGUUCUUCCCAAGAGUUUAGCUGCAAUCAAGAAAUUUCUGAAGAUCUUUGGGUUCGGCUACGACAGUAUUCAUGCUUGCAAGAAUGAUUGCAUAUUGUAUAGGAAGGAGUAUGAGAACCUAGAAAGCUGUCCAAGAUGCAAAGUUUCAAGAUGGGAAAUGGAUAAGCACAGUAAUGAGUUAAAGGUGGGGAUUCCGGCAAAGGUCCUUAGAUAUUUUCCAAUCAAGGACAGGUUUAGGAGGAUGUUUAGAUCACAAAGGAUGGCUGAAGAUCUGCGUUGGCACUAUACCAAUGCCACUGAAGAUGGUACAAUGCGGCACCCUGUUGAUUCUAUCUCUUGGGCACAAGUGAAUGCUAAAUGGCCAGACUUUGCUGCUGAUCCACGGAAUCUUCGACUUGGGAUUUCUACAGAUGGGAUGAACCCUUUCUCCAUGCAAAGCACCAAUCACAGCACAUGGCCAGUGUUGUUAGUGAACUAUAACACGCCUCCAACCAUGUGUAUGAAGGCUGAGAAUAUAAUGCUGACUUUGUUGAUCCCUGGUCCUACUGCUCCUGGUAACAACAUUGAUGUUUACCUAGCACCACUGAUAGACGAUCUAAAGGAUUUGUGGGCUGAGGGUAUUGAAGUGUAUGACUCAUUUGCGAAGGAGAACUUUAAUCUCAGAGCCUUGCUGCUUUGGAGUAUCAGUGACUAUCCAGCCUUAGGAACACUGUCUGGAUGUAAAGUAAAGGGGAAACAAGCCUGCAAUGUAUGUGGAAAGGAUACACCUGCAAGGUGGCUUAAGUUUAGCCGCAAGUUUGUCUACAUGAGUAACAGAAGGAGACUACCGCCUGGCCAUCGUUACAGAUAUAAAAAAGCUUGGUUUGACAACACUGUGGAGGAAGGGAAUGCUAAUAGGAUACAAACAGGCGCUGAGAUAUAUGAGACACUACAAGCUUUUACGAAUGAUUUUGGUAGACCUCUAGAGAAGGAAAAAAAAAGGAAAAGACUAGAGUUGGAAGAUGAUGAGAGGUUACAAGAAGAAGAGUGUGAAGAAUCAAAUGAACUAUGGCGGUGGAAGAAGAGAUCAAUAUUCUUUGAUCUACCUUACUGGAAGGAGUUGCCUGUUCGUCACAAUAUUGAUGUUAUGCACGUAGAAAAGAAUGUGUCCGAUGCUAUAUUGUCUCUGUUGAUGCAAAGUGCGAAGUCAAAAGAUGGGUUGAAAGCAAGAAAAGACUUAGAAGAUAUUGGAAUCAGAAAGCACUUGCACACAGAGGUGAGGGGAAAGAAAACAUACUUACCUCCUGCUGCCUACUGGUUAUCGAAGAGAGAGAAGACCAUUUUCUGCCAAAGGUUAGCUAAGUUUAGAGGCCCUGAUGGUUAUUGUGGUAAUAUUGCGAAUAGUGUUUCAGUUAACCCUCCAAAUAUUGGUAGUUUAAAGUCGCAUGAUCAUCAUGUCUUAGUACAGAACUUGUUACCAGCUGCAUUAAGAGGGUUGUUACAUAGGGGUCCUAGGAUAGCCAUAAAUAGAUUAUGCAGUUACUUCAACAGGUUGUGUCAGCGCAUCAUUGACCCAGAGAAACUUAUAUCCAUGGAGACAGAGUUUGUGGAGACAAUGUGUCAGCUGGAGCGCUUCUUCCCUCCAGCCCUUUUUGAUAUCAUGUUUCACCUUCCACUACAUUUAUCAAGAGAGGCACGGUUGGGAGGACCAGUUCACUUCCGAUGGAUGUAUCCCUUCGAAAGGUACAUGAAAACACUAAAGGCUUUUGUUAAGAAUUAUGCAAGGCCAGAAGCAUGUAUGGCUGAGGCGUAUUUAGCUGGAGAAUGUGUUGCAUUUUGUUUAGAGUUCCUUAAAGAAUCAGUACCAGUUCAAGAAGCAGUUAAUCGUAAUGAAGAUGUUGAGGCUGAUAGAAUGGUGGUUGAAGGCCGACCUCUGCAGAAGGGUAUAGAGGUUACCCUGUCAGAUAAAGAUAGAGACAUUGCACAUCGAUAUGUGCUAAUGAACAUGGCAUCUUUGGAUCCCUUUCUUGAGUAA